ACAUCUGCAUUCAUACCAACAUUCAAUUCACUUCAUCUUGGGUCGCUCAAUUUGACAUGAGUGUUCGCCGAAUAAGUAAAAAGUUCAGUGUUCAGUCUGUGGAGGCUUCAGAAUUAAAGGGUGCAAAGUUGUCACUCUUGGGGGAAUCUACUGAGGCAUAUGCUGGAAUCCCUACGGAAGUUGUUGAUGAAGAUAUCGAGGUUGAAGACGAGAACCAUACACAACUUAAUCUUUUCGAGGAAGAUGAUAAGACAUUACCUCCGAUGAGUAACUGGUUUGGUAAGCUGGCGGCUUAUACUGGUGGAAUAGAACCAACAGUGGGUGAAACUAAACAACUGAAAGAAAAGCAAACGAAGUCAAGUGAUAACAAACGUUUGGGAACCAUAUUAGGUGUUUUCCUACCUUGCUGUCAAAAUAUAUUCGGCAUCCUAUUAUUUGUUCGUGUUGGGUGGAUCACAGGUGUGGCAGGCGCGUUUCAAACGUUUCUGAUAGUAUUUCUGUGUUGUAGUUGCACCAUGCUUACUGCUUUAAGUAUGUCUGCGAUUGCAACAAACGGGAAAGUUCCUGCUGGUGGAUCGUAUUUCAUGAUAUCACGUUCUAUUGGCCCUGCAUUUGGUGGAGCAGUUGGUUUGCUCUUCUAUCUUGGUACUACAAUAGCUGCUGCUAUGUAUCUGGUAGGAGCUGUCGAGGUGUUCCUAAAAUACAUACUUCCUCAGGCUUCGUUAUUUGGUGAUAUUACAUCUGAUGCUGCCCUGUUCAACAAUACACGUGUUUACGGCACAAUACUUUUGUUUGUUGUUAUGUGUUGCGUGUUCAUGGGUAUUCGUUUUGUUAGUCGAUUUGCUGCCGUCAGUUUGGCUGCUGUCCUGAUUUCAAUUCUGUGUGUGUAUUUAGGAGUUUUUACAGUGAAUCCAUCGAGAAGUCCUUAUGUUUGUGCAUUGGGUGGACGCUUGUUAAGUCAAGAUUUUAUCACUGUCAAUGGUACCGCAGAAUGUCAUAAAGAUAUCACUGGUCCCAUUUAUGAAGCAUAUUGCCGAAAUCGUAAAACAGCAACAGAUGAAUCAUGUGCAUUUUUCAAUGCUAACAACAUCAGUUAUUUUCCUGCAAUGCCUGGUUUAACUUCAAAGAAAUUUUUUGAAAACUUUUUCCAGUCGCAUUAUCGUGAAAAAGGGGAAGCAUAUGAUGAUAUUGAUUUCCCAGCUGACCGCAAAUAUGGCCAAGGCCCAAAUAUAGCUGAUGUUACAUCAAGUUUUAUGCUUCUCUUGGGUAUCUAUUUCCCCUCUGUUACGGGCAUCAUGGCUGGUUCUAACCGAUCAGGCGAUUUGACUAAUCCUCAAAAAUCAAUUCCAUUGGGAACGAUAUUGGCUAUCACAAUGACGUCGUUUGUAUAUCUCUCAUCACCUUUAUUGUUCGCUGCAAUCUGUGAUGGCUCUGUUAUGAGAGAUAAAUUUGGUGAAAGUUACGGUGGUAUAUUAUUGGUUGCUGCAUUUGCAUGGCCACAUUUCUGGGUUAUUUUAAUUGGAUCAUGUUUAUCAACCAUUGGAGCUGGUUUACAAUCACUAACUGGAGCACCAAGACUUCUACAGGCUAUUGCUCAAGACAAUGUUAUGCCAUUCUUGGAUGUAUUCAAAGUAAUUACAAAACGUGGUGAACCAUUGCGUGCACAACUACUGUGUUAUGGAAUUGCACAAUUGGGCAUCCUAAUCGCUUCAAUAGAUUAUCUAACUCCUCUGAUAACUAUGUUCUUCUUGAUGUGUUACGGUUUCGUAAAUUUGGCUACAAUGUUGAAUGGAUUCCUGAAAGAACCAAACUGGCGUCCACGAUUUCGAUUUUAUCAUUGGUUCCUCUCAUUUAUCGGAUUAUGUCUAUGUAUUGCGUUAAUGUUUAUAUCUAGUUGGUAUUAUACUAUCGUCGCUUGGGCGUUAGCUUUUGCCAUCUACAAAUAUAUUGAAUAUAGAGGUGCUUCUAAAGAAUGGGGUGAUGCUACACGUGGUUUACAAAUGUCCACUGCAAAAGAAGCUAUUUUAAAACUAGGCAAUAAACCAAUUCAUACGAAAAAUUGGCGACCACAAAUAUUGGUAUAUUUACCUUUGGAUGAAAAUUUCCAAGCACGUCAUGAUCGUCUACUGGAUUUAGUUUAUCAAUUAAAAGCUGGACAUGGUUUAACCUUGGUAGCGUCAAUUUUAGAAGGUGAUAUUAUCGAUAGACGUAAUGAUAUGAUUGCUGCUAAAGCUCAUUUAAGUGAUCUUAUACAAGAACAUCGUAUUAAAGGUUUAGCUGAAGUUCUUGUUGCUUCUACUAUUGAUGAAGGCAUGAAAAAUAUGGCACAAUGUGCUGGUCUUGGCAAUUUACGGCAUAAUACACUUAUGGUGUCAUUUCCUGAAGAUUGGCGAGUAGAUUGUAAAGGUAGCGGAAGUAAAUUGUCCAAAUUUAUAUCAACUUUAAGAGCUGCACAGGCAUGUGAUAUAGCGAUGUUAGUUCCUAAAGGGAUAGAUUUGUUUCCCUUGAGUAAAGGCAAUCAAAUGAUUGGAAAUGUUGAUGUUUGGUGUAUAGUACAUGAUGGUGGUUUGUUGUUGCUAACAUCAUAUUUGCUUAUGCGUAAUCGUGUAUGGCGCAAAUGUCAUUUACGCAUUUUCGUGGUAGCUACUGAAGAUGAUGAUAUUGUGAAUUUGAAAAAGGAUAUGACCAAGUUCUUGUACGAUUUGAGAAUUAAUGCUGCUGUGGAAGUAGUAGCAAUGAGCACUGCUGAUAUAUCAGCUUAUGUCGCUCAACGAACAGCCAGUAUUGAACAACGUCGUGCACUUCUUAUGCAAAUGAAAAUAUCCAAUGUUGAAGCACGUUGCGAUCCUCAACUUAUUGUUGAUCAGCACCGUAAACCUAGUUCAGUUGAUGUUUAUCCAACAGACGUUAUCAAAUCGAAUUGUUCCAUCGAUUCUCAUGUAGUUUUACCGGCUAUAUCAGCAACACCAACUGGAAGUUCAGAUCCGUCGCCUGAGCAUGCAACAAAUUUAACCAACACCAGUAGUAGUGAUUCUGCCUCCAAAGGAUGUACGAAACCGUCAAAUUUAAAAACGGAUACUGGAUCAAAUGAUAAAACUGUUUCUAAUCAUUCCCAACAUUGUACUGUAUCAUUUGCAACUGGUUCAACUGCUGCAAUUAGUGAAUCUGACAAAUCUACAAAUCUCAAGGAGAAUGACACAGAAACUCAAUUAAAUCGUGAUCUCAAUGAAUUCACUUUUUCACCUUCAAAUCCAUUGAUUAAAUUAGCUCAAAAAGCUGCCAGAGAAGCCGGUUCAAAAGAAGAACAUACGGUGAAUAAAGGGUACCCGGGAAAAAUAACUAGAACCCAACGUCGCUUACAUUGUGCUGUUCGUUUAAACGAAUUGUUACGUAAUCAUUCCAGUGAAUCCGACUUAGUCAUUGUGAACAUGCCUGGACCAUCACGUACUAUAGGAAGUGAAUACUAUUACAUGGAUUAUAUUGAAACUCUGACUGAUGGCCUAUCACGUAUUUUAUUGGUACGUGGAACAGGACGUGAAGUGAUUACUGCAUUUUCUGAAUAAAUAUUAAGAAUAAUCACUAAUUCUGAAUGUUUUAUGCGCGCAUGUUUGCUAUCCUCUUACUAAUGACAUAAGACACAUUCUCACGAAAUAGAACCUAUUAGCAAAACAUAUUAAGUUUUUGUUUUGGUUACAAUUAGUUUAACCUGUUUAUUCGUUAUCUUAACAGGUAUUUUAAAAUGCAUAAACUGCUGUUCCUCUCAAAUUUGUCAGUUUGUUAUAUUGUUCAAUGUUUAUUUUUGAUUAUUCACACUUCAAUUUUGUUUGAACAAGUAGUUCUUUAUUUGUUCAAUCGAUUGACUGUUUUGCUAAAAUUUCUUUCAUCCAUAGAUCAUUGUCUUCUUGUGUUAAAAUAAAUAUUGUAAUCGUGUUCUCGUGAGAUGUUUAAAUCUUUAUGCUGAAUCUUACCUUGCUUCCAUACUGCUGAAACUAUUACCAUCUUAUUUUUAUUAUUCAUAAUUCAAGUGUAACAUUAAGAAAAAUGAAAUGAAGGAUCAAAGAUUAAAUCUUGCUUUCUUGUUUCCUAAUAAUUAUUUCAACAUAACUUCUAAUUCUCCGUUUAACCUGUUUACAUUCAUGAACAGUCUCACUGUUUAGAUUCCAUAGCAGAUAAACGUGAGCUUUCUUUUGUUAUCAUUUUCUCGAAACAACCCGUUUGGUCCUACCUUUCAUUUUUAUGCCCACCACCUUGAAAAUACCAGCUAGUCACUACGGACUAAGUCCAAUAACCACUUUACAAGGAAAAUUGUAUGUUGCGACAUUGGGAGUGGCAACUGUGUUUAGUUAAUCUAAUCUUUAUUUUUUACUUUGUUUGCGCCUUUUCUCAUUCUUUUGGUCCAUUUAGUCGAAUCGGUACAAAUAUUAUUCACUGACUUUUGUCGAUUGUAUUUUCUCGUAAUAAAUAAACAGAACACAACUAACGUACUGUAAUUACGAUCCAUAAUCCAAUUUCGAGGAUAGAAUUCUUCACAUUUGCUGUCUACAAUAAUUCUUAGUGAUUCUACCUCACCCAUUUUUUCAAGUUGUGCAGUUCUAAUCAUUUGAAAGUAUAUUAUACUCCUCUAAACACCUGAAUUUUCCGUCUUCAGAAAUACUCUUUACAGUACACGUUUGUAUUAUGUUGUAACACUACAAUACGCAUAGAACUUAGCUACAUAUAUAUAGACGUGUCUGUGUUGGUUCGUGUAGUUUACUAAUAUAAACUUGUAGAGUAUUUGAAGAGUUAGCAAUUUAGUAAAUGUUUAUCAUUAACUUUAUAAUUGAGAAAACACGUAUGUGUAUACGCUUUCUCAGAUCUUAUUUUCCUCCUACUUUAUCAUUUAUUCACACGCAUGUGACGUCAGUGUACUCCUUUGUCGGUAGAGCAAAACCAGUUUGCUUUAGUAUAACAGUAUCUUUUUUUUAUCCUGUUAGUAUUAAUCCCACUGUAUUGUAUUCAUUUUCCACCACUCAUUGUUUCACUGUAUUUCUUGAAAAAUGUUUUAACACUGUAAAAUUUUAUUUGAAUUUUGAAGUAUAAACUUUCCAUAUAUUCGUAUCUGGACCUUAUGGUUCUUCCUCUAGAUAUAGAUAUUUACUAGUCCACUAUGGACAAACACAUAUGCAAGUGUAGUUAUUUAUAUUUUAGAGUUUUUAUUGUGGUAUCUCUUAAUGGUUAAAGUUCAUUAUAUCAAUGUUCUAAAUAGUUUUAAAACUUCACUUAAUUAUCA